AUGCAGAAGUCGGAGAUAGUGAAAGUAGCUGGUGCAGUUGUACUACCUCAGCUUGGUGGUUUUGUUAAUGGCUAUCUAACCAAAACGCAAAUCGAUGGUUGGUACAGAAAUCUCAAUUUUCCCUCGUUCCGACCACCGAACUGGGUAUUUGGACCUGUUUGGACAUCCUUGUACGCUGGCAUGGGCUAUGCCUCGUACUUGGUCUGGAAAACUGGUGGCGGCUUCGAUGGAGCGGCGAGAGGACCACUGAUCCUGUACGGCACGCAGCUGGCAUUAAACUGGGCCUGGACGCCGAUAUUUUUCGGCAUGCAUCAACUCAAAUGGAGCGUUGUUGAGAUACUUGCACUAACUGGAUCUGUGGCUGCUACCGGCGUGGCUUUCUAUCAGGUUAACAAACUGGCAGGAUACCUCUUUGUUCCCUACUUUGCCUGGUGUGCAUUUGCCAGCGUGUUGAAUUACAGCAUUUAUAAAUUAAAUCCCCCUAAAGAAUCCACUGCGACGAUUGAGGAAGUGCACGAAAAGAGCAACUAAUCUUUA